UCAGUACUCGUUUGUGUUUCCAACAAGUAGGUCGAGAAAAAUUGAAAAACGUCUACAGCAAGAGCAAACCAACCAACUAAACACGCUAAACAACGCGCAAGCAACCUAGAUAUGCAUUUAUUUUGCACAUCUAUACUCUUUUUUUAUUGGUGUCUUUAUCAGUUCUGAAGCUGAAGCAGUUCAAAGUGAAAGAGUUGAAUUAAGAAAUCGUUGAAUAAUCUAGUCCGACAGCUACACAGCACAGGCACAAUGGAAGGCGAGUCAACAGAGUCCACGCACAACACUAAGGUGUCCGAUUCGGCCUAUUCCAACAGCUGCAGCAACAGCCAGUCGCAGCGCAGUGGCAGUUCACAGUCCAGACUGAGCGGCAGCCACUCGUCGGGCAGCAGUGGCUAUGGGGGCAAGCCCUCCACGCAGGCCAGCAGCGGCGACACGGUCAUAAAACGCAACAAAGAGAAGUCGCGAAAGAAGAAGAAGGCCAAAUGCGCACAGACUCAAGCGAGCCUCACCUUAACACUGGAGGGCGCCGAGGAGCUGCCGCUGCCCCACUCCAGCAGCACCACCUGCGACCAGCAGAUCCUGCAGGUGCUGGCCGGCACACAGCAGCUGGGCGACCAGCCGGCGUCGUUGGACCACAAGAUUGGUGAUCAGCUGGAUUCUAGGCACAAUUUCGGGGUCAACAAGUCGGAGCAAUCGCAGUCCUUUUCGCUACCCUGUCCGCUCUCAGUGUCCACCCUGAUUCCAGGCAUCGGCGUUUGCCAUGGCAGCAGCGCAGCAGGCGGCAAGUGGGAGAAGACCUUCGAGUCGUGCAAGCUGGAGACGGGUGCCGCCAAAACGGAGCGCGUGAAGGAGGACAGCUUCUGCUGUGUAAUCUCCAUGCACGACGGCAUCGUGCUCUACACCACGCCCAGUAUCACAGACGUACUUGGCUUUCCGCGGGAUAUGUGGCUGGGCCGCUCCUUCAUCGACUUUGUGCACAUCAAGGACCGGGCCACGUUCGCCAGCCAGAUCACCACGGGCAUUCCCAUUGCAGAGUCGCGCGGCAGCAUGCCCAAGGACGCCAGGGGCACUUUCUGCGUGAUGCUGCGCCAGUAUCGGGGCCUGCAGACCAGCGGCUACGGAGUGAUCGGCCGGUCCGUCAACUACGCGCCUUUCCGCCUGGGGAUGUCGUUCCGCGAGGCGCCCGAAGAGGAGCGUUCCGAUAACUACAUGGUUUCAAAUGGCAGCAACAUGCUGCUCGUCAUUUGUGCUACCCCCAUCAAGAGCAGCUACAGAGUUCCCGAGGAGAUCCAUUCGCAGAGGAGCCCCAAAUUCGCGAUCCGACAUACAGCCACCGGCAUCAUCUCGCACGUGGACAGCGCGGCGGUGAGUGCUUUGGGCUACCUGCCGCAGGACCUCAUGGGGCGAUCCGUCAUGGACUUCUACCACCACGACGACCUCCCCGCCAUCAAAGAGAUAUACGAGUUCGUUAUGAAGAAAGGCCAAACGGCCGGCGCCUCCUUCUGCAGCAAGCCCUAUCGCUUCCUCAUUCAAAACGGCUGCUACAUCCUUCUAGAGACGGAGUGGAGCAGUUUCGUAAACCCUUGGUCCCGCAAGCUCGAGUUUGUCGUCGGCCAUCAUCGCGUGUUUCAGGGUCCGAAGGUAUGCAACGUUUUUGAGACUCCGCCCAACGCCAAACCGAAUAUCCCGGAGGACCAGCAGAACAGAAACACGAGCAUUAAGGAGGAAAUUGUGAGUUUGCUGGCCGAGAAAGUAUCUCGUCCCUCGGACACGGUCAAGCAGGAGGUGUCGCGCCGGUGCCAGGCCCUGGCCAGCUUCAUGGAGACACUUAUGGACGAGGUGUCGCGGGCGGACCUCAAGCUGGAACUGCCGCACGAGAACGAGCUGACUGUGUCAGAGCGAGACAGCGUCAUGCUGGGCGAGAUCUCGCCUCACCACGACUACUAUGACAGUAAGAGUUCCAUUGAGACGCCACCCAGCUACAACCAACUAAACUAUAACGAGAACCUGCUGCGUUUUUUUAACAGCAAGCCUGUCACUGCGCCCGUGGAGCUCGACCCGCCAAAAGCGCAGUCCUCGGAUGUGAGCAGCAUCCGCGAGGAUGCCCGCAGCACGCUUAGCCCCGUGCACGGCUUUGGGGGCAGUGGCGCCAGUGGCUCCUCGGGCAACUUCACCAGCGGCAGCAAUAUUCGUAUGAGUAGUGUGACCAACACGAGCAAUGCCGGGACGGGCACUGGCACGAUUACGGGAACCAGCACCACAAUAGGCAACUCUGGCAUCGGCACUGUCACAUGCGCCGCCGGCAACAUUGGCGCCAGCACCUCUGCCGCCGACAACUUUGGCGCCGACACCUCUGCCGCUGACACCUCGGGCGCCUACAACUCUGGCGCCGACACCUCUGCUGCUGAGAACUUCUGUCCCGAAAACUUUGGCGCAGAAAAUUCUUGCGCCGAAAACUCAUGCGCCGACAACUCUGGACCGGACAAUUCGGGGGCUGACAACUCUGGACCCGACAACUCGGCCGCUGACCACUGUGGCGCCGAUAACUCUGGCUCUGGGUCCGGGUCGGGCACCUCCGGCGGCGAAGGGCCCUCCAGUGGUGGGCAGGACACCAGACCCACCGCUGCCGUUCCCGAUUCCCCGCCCGUCUCACUCACCGAGUCGCUUCUGAACAAGCACAACGACGAUAUGGAGAAGUUCAUGCUGAAGAAGCACCGAGAGUCCCGCGGGGACCGCCGCACCCUCGAAAAAAACAAGAACAAGACGGCCAACACAAUCGACUCCAUGAAGAUACUCGAGUACAGCAGCCCUGGCCCUGGCCCCGGCCCCGGCCCCGGCCCCGGCCCUGGACACGGCACCAAGCGCUGCGGGUCCUACUCGUGGGAGGGCGAGGGCAACAAGCACAAGCAGCAGCCGCCCACCCUCAACAGUUUGGGCGUGGGUACGGGUGGGUCCGAGGCCCCCACGCCCACCGGUUCGGUCUCGAAGUGUCCACUGGGCAGCAGCUCUGUCGGCGGGGGUGGGGGUGCAGAUGGAGGCAGUGGAAGUGUCAGCGGCAAUCCGUACUCCUCGAGUGGGAUAUCCUGCACCCAGAAUAUCAAUCUGUGGCCCCCCUUCUCAGUGGGCAUCACCCCACCCGUCCACACCACUCACACGGCCAUCGCCCAGAGCAGCUUCUCGACACAGCACAGCCUCUUCCCCACCUUCUACUAUAUACCGGCCACCCCGCUGGCCCCCUCCACGCCCGCAGCGGCAGCGGGAGCGGUUAGCCCCACGCCACGAACCAAUAAGAGCAAGCACACGCAUCAGCAUGCGCCGAAGGUCCCAGAUCCUCCAAGCCCCUCUCAGCAGGCGGCGGCAGGAGCAGCUACAAUGCCUCUCCAAUACGUGGCCGGCGUGAUGUACCCGCACCCGUCGCUCUUCUACACGCACCCGGCGGCGGCUGCCGCCACGGCCAUGAUGUACCAGCCAAUGCCCUUUCCCGGAAUAGCCAACGCGAUGCAGCUGCCGGAGCAGCCUAGCACUGCGCAGUCCAGCUACAGCAAGACCGUCUUCUCGACUCAACAGGUCAUAGUGGCCCCACCAACGCAGACGCCGACGCCGACGACGACGCCGACAACAACAACGGCGACGCCGACUCCCAAAACACAAGGAGCCUUCCACUCGAUCACACCCGCCCAGUUGCAGCGACCGUCGGCACAGGACUCAUCGGUCAAGACGGAGCCCGCCUCGGGUGUGGCUUCUUCACAUUCGUCCAAUACGAAGGUGGCCAACUCGGACAUCCCCUCCGGCAUAGGCGACUACGCCUCCGACCAGGCUUGCUCCAGGAAUCGAGCCAACGUGAAGAAAUACACAGACAGCAAUGGAAACAGCGACGACAUGGACGGCUCUAGCUUCUCAUCCUUCUAUUCAUCGUUUAUCAAGACCACAGAUGGCUCCGAAAGUCCGCCCGACAACGACAAAGAGGCCAAGCACCGCAAGUUGAAGAAUAUUACCCGAUUGAGCAGCAAGAUAAUGGAGCACCCGGAAGAGGACCAAACGCAGCACGGAGAUGGAUAGCUAACACCGCAGGUGCUGCUGACCGACGUACACAACCAUGUCCAUGUCGUACACAAUGUAACCGACGUCGACCCGUAGGUCCCGCGAAGCAGCAUCAGCUAGAACCCGUUGCGACCAGAGCAGUGGCUAGUUCCCAUUAUUACAUCAAGCAAGUUAACUUUACUCCUCAGUCGGAAGAAGAUCCCCGCAUUAAGGGGCACUUGAGUUCGUCGGAGUUGCAUAAAUUAAAUAUCUUAAUCGUUAUUCCACAUUGUUUGAUAUUUACAUAUGUAUGAAAGGUCCUUUGAAAUAAACAAUGCGAUCGCAACCUACCGCUAUCGAAA